AGAAGGAGUUUUAGAGGAGAGUUUUGGAGGAGUGGAGUUUGGAGGAGGGGUCUCUGUGCGUAAAUGCAGCAGAGCAUGAAAGCACUGGAGGGACAAAGACAUGCAGCAUGAGCAGAACUCUGAGAAACAGACAAUCAAAAUAACAUAAUAUUCUCAAAUGAAGAGGGAUUUUUCGCCAGGCAGAGGAUGCAAACAACUUUGGCAAACUUGAAAUGCACUCUAGGAUGAAUCUGAUGGCUUGGGAAGUGGCCAGAUCGCAUGGAAAACUAUUGAUGGCAUGGAUAACUGUUGAACUUUGUUUCUGUCUGGAAAAGUAAAUUUUGGAAUAGAUUUUGCUUGUUGAAGCUUCAGAGUUUUACUCACAGCAUGAGGACAAGAUUUGGGAUUAAAGGGGACUAACAUGAGCAUGCAGUUAAUCUAGGUUUUUAAAGCACAUUCCCAGAGAUGGAGAGCUACUUCGGUCCUGUCACAUUUCUCCUCUCGUUUCUGAUGUCGCUUGAUGCACAGUUGGUUUGUUGGCAGGCACUUAUCAGGUGUCAUGAAGAGCGGGACUGCGAGCUCGCCUAUAAUCAAUAUCUGACCGCGUGUGAUGGGAAUAUCCGAGGGAAUCGACGGCAGUGCCCGAGCCACUGCAUCAGUGCUCUCAUCCGCCUCAACCUGACCACCAGCGGGCCGGAACUAGAGAGCUGCGACUGUGGGACAGACUUGGAGUGCCUGCGGGCCAAACACGCCAUUGAACCGUGUCUGCCGCGAAAGCAUCCUGGUGGCGCAGCCGGGAUUGGCUGUACCGAAGCACGCCAGCGUUGCGAGGAUGAGCCCAACUGUCAAAAGUCCCUGACUGCCUACCUGUCUCACUGCGGACAACUGUUCAACGGAAGGAAAUGUUCGUCCCGAUGCAAAUCAACCAUAGAGGAACUGCUAUUCAUGCCAAAUGGCAUGCUGCUGAAUCAGUGUGUGUGUGAUGGUUUAGAAAGGCCAUUUUGUGAGGUAGUCAAACAAAAUAUGGUCAAACUGUGUUCUAUUGGGGACCACAGUGUUUCCAUUGACAACGAUGGAAUGGAUGAUAUAUAUGAGGAUGAAGAUUAUGAGGUGAAACCAGAGAAAGAUGUGACAGACACAGAUGCUGUGAUGUCAAAUGCCUUCACACUUUCUCAACAGGUAGUUUUGCUGUGUAGUGCUUUUGUUAUGGCUUUUACCCACAUCUGAGUUUGUCUACAGUCACUGCACUCUACGGUAUGGUGAAAUGCCGCUGACUGACCCUCAACAAAGAAGACACUUGCAGAUGACUGCUUAUCAUCUCAGAGUCAUUAAGUGUAACCAUUUAGUUCUUCUUGAAGCCAGGACCCAAUGACAUUUGUCCAAACUAAAUAAUUUUUUAUCGACGCUGAUUAACUCAGAUAAGUCUUGAGGAAUAAAUUCUCUGCAGUCUUUCUGUAUGUUUUCACUAUGACAUGACUAUUGUUUUGUUUCCCUUUAGUGGCACUUGAAGUGUGCCUUUUUUAAUAAGACUAAAGGCAAACAGUGGACUUGGGUCGAGAGUGUUUGCCAGCAGACUCUCAUUGUACUUGCAUCUCACUUCAAAUAUUUGUAGACUGUGGUCGGAUAAAGGAACCGGUUCUGGGAUCAAGUACUUCAUUUAAAUGAAGAGGCCCUUUAGAAGAUUUUAAAUGGUCUCGACCCCAAUCGCUCACUCUUCAGUUCUGCUUGGUUUUAUUGGAGUCUUUCCUGGUGUAAUUUCUUGCUCUGAUUCAAUGGCAGAACCUCAUUUGGUUAUUCUCCAGAAGCCUGCGAUGGUCUUCAAUAGUGGUCUAAAGAAGUGAUGCUAACAUUUAACAGCAGAGGAUUGAUCAAUUAUCUUUAAACUUGAAAUAUCUGCUGUAUGGGUAUGCUGGUUUAAAAACACUAUGAAUGAUUGUAUUUUCACCAAUUUAAGCAGCUCUGAUGAAGUUCAAUGCUAAACUUGAAAACACUUUUCUUCAUAAAAGAAGCUAAUAUUUGUUUUCAAAGGUUUUAGAUCUCAAACUCCAGUUUUUCCUUUUGCAUAUAAUGAAUAAUUAGUAAUGUUACAUGGACUAAAGUGUAGAAUUUACAGUUUAUUCAAACUCUAUGGCCCGAAACAUACUCUAUGCAAAUAUGUAAGUUCGAUUUCAUGUUAUUAUGUUUCAAAAUCUGUCAGAAUGCAAGUCAUAAUGCAAUGCAAGUAUGUGUCGUAUUCUCAGCAUUCCUGCAAGGGGCGCUUUAGCUGGCAUUAGUGUAAAAGGUGAGAAGGAUAUACAGUAGCAGCAGACAGAGCUCCAAAAAUGGGCAGGAGCUCCAAACCACCAGCAAAAGUGUAGAAGGCCUCUAACCUAACCUGUUCCCCAACCCUAACUGUGUGUGGAAGUGUUGCCACCUUUUGGAGUUUGCCCAGCUCCCUUUUGGAUUAACCCCACCCCCUUCUGGAGUAAACCUGCCCUCAUUUGGAGAUUCCACCCCAUUUGGAGAUCUCCGGCCUGCAGCUACACCUACUUGUAAAAGGUCUCUUUCUACUCUUAGUUUUCUCCUUCCAUUCAACUACUGUCAUAGUGGAGAAAUAGUUUGAAAAUCAGUUUUAAUUUUGUUGUACAAUUUAGUUAAAAUUAGCUAAGCUUCCUAUCCGAUAAGUAAUAUCUGGUUUAAUGGCACAAACAUUUGAAGGGAACACUAUCACCCCCUGGAGCACUGAGGUUUGUUUCCCCCCUAGUAACACAAUAAUUCACAUUCAGUAUGUCUAAAAGGACUGCACGCUUGCAGUGUGUUGGCCAAGCAUUCGCAUCUGCAUGUGCAUACUUAAGAGUAUGUUUCUGGCCUAAUAUUUCUUUUUACUUUUCUGAAAGGGUAAUCAUUGCUACAAUUUUCAAAACCUUUGUACAUAAAAUUAAUUUAUUUAUACCUUUUGGGAUUAUUAAAAUAAAUAAAUAAAUAAUGCUCUCUGGAUAAACAGAUAAAUUACUUAUUGUUGGAAACUUGUUGCAUCAGUGAAAUCUGAAUAUUUCUGUUCUGUUGCUUCAAAUUCACCAAACAAUCUAACAAAUUUAGCUGUUGCUCAUAUUAGUACUAAACUGGAAUGUUUAAAUGCACUGUACGCUGCACUGUGUUUUUUAAUUUAAACCUCCUGAAUGCUUUCCUUAAAGUAUAAAGUCUCUGGAAAACAACAGAUCACAGCAGAAGCCAGAGGGUCUACAGACAUUCAUUUUUUGGGGUUUUCUGUGAAAACAACGAGCAGGAACCAGACUAACUCAAGGUACACAGUUCAGUCAACACUAAAGCCCUUCUUUCCUCCCUCAUGAACACCCCCCACCUAAACGACCGGGAACAAAAUCAAAAUAAACAAAAGCAGGGGAGACGGUUCGAGGGGGGAGGAGGGGCCACUCAGGCCAAUAGUGACACUGAGCUGAAGCCCAUUUUCUCAUUUAUCUGCUCUCAGGACUCUGGAAGUGACCCAGAUUUCAACCCCCACCUUAACACACACACGCACACACUGCUGUGCUCUAGGAUACAUUCACAUUUUAGAGGCAGUAUUGUGUCCUGUGGGUACAAUGUUCUAUUCAUGACGAGCACGUCAAUGUAAAGGAAACCUCUGUGUGUGUGUUGGGGGUUGAUGUUGGUUCUCAGCCUCUGAAGGAUUGUGGUUCCUCCCCCCACACACACAAACCCUUCCUCAGUUCAUCUGAUGUUGAGUUGGCAUGACUUCUCAGAACUAGAAUCAUGAGCCGCUGGCAGAGUGAGUGCCAGGAUGGGGCACAGCAAAGCUGGCACCAAAUGUAGGCAAGUAACAACAACAGCACCGUUGUGUUGAUUUAUGUGUGUGUGUGUUUCAGAAGGGCGAGCAGUACCUAUCCUCUAUUACUCUGGCCUUUAAUGAAACCCUCAGGCAAAUUUGGAGUGAAACUCAAGACAUCUCAUGAGAUCUUACCAGACAAUAGAACUGCUCUAAGUAGGCACAUUUACCAAACUGACCUUUCUACUGCAGAACUGCCGUGUUUGGGGAAUAACUAACAACAAUUCUGUCAUUAUUCACUCACGCUCAUUUUGUUUCCCAUGGUAUGACUUUACAAUGUAGGU